AUGUUCUCAACCCCUCAACCUUACAAUAAAAAGUGCUAUUGCGCUGGAUGUAGUCAGAACGAACUAGUCUAUAAUUUUGUAGCUAGAAGAACUGCUCAGCGCCAUAACAAAAGAGGAAGAUUAGAUGCUAUAAGAUGUGAAAGUGAAUCUUCUGCCCAAAGAAAUUCGAUGGAGGUUGAUGUUGAACCUAUUUCAACCCAUCAAUCCAGAACCACGGAAGAAGAGUGUGGUCAGACCAACUUACUUGCUUGGGAAGGAACCCCAGUGUCUGACGAUGAGAAUGUUUCAGUUACGAAUAAGGGGAUUUACAACAACAAAAACAAUGGCGAUGAAAACAAAGAAGACGAUAAUGAAGAUGUUGUUAAGGUGGAGGUCGAGGAAUUUGUUAAUGAAGGUUGGUAUUGUGCUAUGGAAGAAAGAAAAAUUUGA